AUGCUGGACAUGACCGAGGCUGCCGAAGCUCCGAAAUCCGCGGAGGAAGGCCGCGCUGCCGGCGUCGCCUGGACCUGCUGCUGCGCGGAAGGCUGCAUGCUGCCCUGUUGGACGCGCAUAACGCCCUGGCACGCCUUGCAGCUUCUCGGAUGCACCCGCGUGCAUCGCACGCACUGGCGGCGUUGGUGGCACCACAACACUGUUGGUCUCCAGCAUCAUGCCGGUGGACAUGGUUCGCCGUCCAACUUGGACAGAACGCUGCACAGGCACGUAGCCAUGCGCUUCAAUUCUCGCACGCCGUCGAAAGAGUCAGCCAAGUUGCGCGCAGUGGUGCGCCUUGCGGAGACGGGCGCUGGCGAUCCGACUGGCCUUAGCGGCGAAACACCAGCGACGCUGAAAGAUCUGGACGAUGGGCACAGCUUGGUGGCGCCAGACGCCGCUGUGGAAACCAUUGCCAGGCUUGUGAAGGAGGAUCCGGAUAUCCUUGGGGAAGCCGUCCCUGCCGAAGGUCUCAAGGAACUCCGGGAGCUCUUGGCGCGGCAGCUGACGGAGGCAGAGGGACAGGAGGUUUCGCCCUCCGACAUCUUCGUCGCCGAGGGUGCGGCGACGCUGCUCCGGGGGGUCUUGUCACAGGUGGCCGCUGGCACGGAGAAAUCCGAGGUACUUCUGGUGGGGCCUUGCCCGGAGCUUUGGCAGGAGGCGCUCUCAUUUGCCGAUGCGCGCAGCUUCUAUCCGCCGGUGGGCCAGGGCGACUUCGCGGUACUUGCAGAAGACGUUGCGCGGCACGUCUCAGCGCAGACGAGCAUCGUU